UUUCCCUUCAAAUCAACACAAAUACACGUACUAUACAUAUAAAGUACUUAGAGAUUGCAUAUUUUGAAGUUAACAAUCUUACAUUGCAGAAAGAGAGAGAAAUCAAAGAUCAUAAGAAGAAACAUUUGAAAGCAAAAUAAUGAAGCAUAGGUUGUUCUUUAUGCCAUUUUCAAUUAUUGUAUGCAUCAUGAUGAUACUCAUAGUAGAAGCAGAUAACAAUAAUGAUGGUUUUGUGAAAGCAAGAGGGAUUCAGCUUGUGUUGAAUGGAAACCCUUAUUAUGCAAAUGGUUUCAAUGCAUAUUGGCUAAUGUUUGAAGCAUCUGAACCUUCUCAAAGAAACAAAGUGUCUUCAGCAUUUCAAGAUGCUUCAAGCCUUGGACUUAACAUUGCAAGAACUUGGGCUUUCAGUGAUGGUGGCUAUAAACCUCUUCAAUACUCUCCUGGAUCCUACAAUGAAGACAUGUUCCAAGGGUUGGAUUUUGUAAUAUCAGAAGCGAAAAAAUAUGGGUUGAAGCUUGUGUUGAGUUUGGUAAAUAAUUAUGAGGACAUGGGAGGGAAGAAACAAUAUGUUGAAUGGGGAAGGAGUCAGGGCCAAUCCAUAAAUUCUGAAGAUGAUUUCUACACAAACCCUGUUGUCAAGGGAUACUAUAAAAACCACAUUAAGAGGGUACUUACUAGACAUAAUAGCAUCACUGGAAUUGCUUACAAAGAUGAUCCAACUAUAAUGGCUUGGGAGCUCAUGAAUGAAAUUAGAUGCAAUUCAGAUCAAUCUGGAAAGACAGUUCAGGGUUGGAUUGAAGAGAUGGCAUCUUAUGUGAAAUCCAUAGAUGGAAAUCACUUGCUUGAAGCUGGUCUUGAAGGUUUUUAUGGGCAAUCAAAGCAAGAGACUAACCCAAGCUUCCAAGCAGGAACAGAUUUCAUAGCAAAUAAUCAAAUCCUUGAAAUUGAUUUUGCAACGGUUCACUCGUACCCUGACCAAUGGCUAUCAGGUUCAAGUUAUGAAGAUCAAAUCUCAUUCCUAAGUCAUUGGCUUAAUGAACAUAUACAAGAUGCACAGAACAUUCUUCACAAGCCAGUUCUCUUUGCUGAGUUUGGUAUUUCAACAAAAACUUUUGGUUCUAACACAAAACCAAGGGACCAAUUUUACAACACGGUAUACUCCAAGAUCUAUUCGUCGGCAAGUGGUGGCGGCGCAGCUGUUGGUUGCUUGUUCUGGCAACUCCUUGACCAAGGAAUGGAUACUUUUCGCGACGGUUAUGAGGUAGUUAUUAGCGAAAGCCCCUCAACGGCUAGUUUGAUUGCCCAAGAAUCUCAAAAGAUGAACCGGAUUCGAAAAAAGUACUAAUGGCGGGAAUAUAAAUCACAAAAUUAUAAAUGAUAUAUAGUUUUUUAACAAACUUGUGUUAAAAA